AUGUUGACGGGGAUUUAUGGAUUCCGCUAUGAGGUGCAUAUUUUACCACCAAAUGCGCCGAUGAAGAUCAAGCCGGAGAUGUUUACGCUGCCUCAGAUGUUCAAGCAGGCGGGAUAUUCGACAGCGGUGAUUGGGAAAUGGCAUUUGGGAAUUGGUGAUGGCAAGACGAAGGUUGAUUGGAAUGGCGAGGUGAAGCCCGGUCCGCUGGAGGUCGGAUUUGAUUAUUCAUUUUUACUUCCUUCUACCAAUGAUCGCGUGCCAUGUGUGUAUCUAGAGAAUCAUCGGGUGGUGAAUUUAGAUCCUGAGGAUCCCCUCUACGUCGGGAAGGUGCCCGAAGGUCAUACCUCAACGGUCUAUCCCGAUGGGAAGAAGGAUCGUGCAGCGAUGACUUAUUAUCAGAGCUCGGUGGGCCAUAAUUAUUCGGUGAUCAACGGGAUUGGCCGGAUUGGAUAUAUGUGGGGCGGGAAAUUGGCUUUAUGGGAUGAUGAGACGAUGGCGGAUGAGUUCGUGAAGCAGGCACAGAAAUAUCUUGAGGGACGGAAAAAAGAUGAGCCGUUCUUUUUAUAUUGGUCGGCGACUGACAUCCAUGUGCCGCGCACGCCGCAUCCACGUUUUCGGGGGAAGAGCGAGUUAUCUUAUCGAGGAGAUGCAAUGGUGCAGCUCGAUUGGUGUGUGGGUGAGAUUAUGAAGGCUUUGGAAAAAAAUGGGCUGGCAGAGAAUACCUUGGUGAUUUUCUCAAGUGAUAACGGCCCCGUCUAUGAUGAUGGAUAUGUCGAUGGCACGACGGUGAUGACUUCGACUAAGGAAAGCGACCGAGGACAUGACGGCUCGGGGAUUUAUAGUGGGGGGAAAUAUCAAAUCUAUGAAGGCGGCACGCGGGUUCCAUUUAUCGUCAGCUGGCCGGAGAAAAUUAAGGCCGGACAGACGUCGGCGGCAUUGGUGAAUCAGGUGGAUUUCUUGGCUUCGUUUGCCAAGUUGGUGGGGGUGGAGCUGGCAGAGAAUGAGGGGAUCGAUAGCCGCGAUCAUCUGAAAGUACUGCUGGGUGAAGAUGAAAAGGGAUUAGCCAAUACAAUCGUCGAAGCACAGAGUCAUCUGGCACUGCGCGAGGGGAACUGGAAAUUCAUCCCGGCGGUGAAGAGGAGAAGACAUAAUAAGCAGCCCGGGAUAGAUGGUCUCUAUGAUCUUACGACGGAUCCUGGCGAGACGAAGAAUGUGAUUGAGGAUCACAAGGAACAAGCAGCCAAGAUGAAAGCGACUUUGGAAAAAUUCCGCGGGGCUGAGGGAGUGCGCCGGCUUGCGAAGUAA